AAGAAAAAAAUGAGUCAAAUCUUAUUUACAAAUCUGUAAACCAAGAAGCUUUCGAUCUGUUUAGCAAAAUCAUGUCUCUUUCUUACAUAAAAGAAGACUAUCCUUUGCAUUUAAGUGUAUGGAAUAACAGUUUCAGCAACUUGGAUAAUGAGUUGCAAAGUGGAGAGCAUGACAUAGAAAAGCUUGAUCCUCGAGGACGUACGCCCCUGCACCUUGCUGUGAGUCUCGGCAACAUUGAGAGUGCACGUGUGCUGCUGAGACACGGAGCUGAUGCCAAUAUUGAAAACAAGGGUUACUGGUCAGUACUCCAUGAGGCCACAGCUGCGGGGGACCCAGAGUUAGUCCAGCUCAUCCUGAAGCAUAGAGACCACCAGAGGUUCACAAAACGCUCUGUCGGUGUCCCUGAACUCCUGCAGAAACUCAAAGAGUCCCCGGAUUUCUAUGUGGAAAUGAAGUGGGAAUUUGCAAGUUGGGUUCCACUGGUAUCCAGAAUGUGCCCCAGUGACACAUACAAGGUGUACAAGUCAGGUUCAAAUGUGCGAAUUGACACAACCCUUCUGGGCUUUGACAACACCAGCUGGCAGAGAGGCAGACGUAGCUACGUCUUCAAAGGAACAGGCAACUCGGCGACGAUGAUGGAGAUAGACCACGAUAAUCAAGAGGUGUUUCUGGAGACGAUGCAGCUGCAGGUUGACCCGCCAGAAAUCGACUCCAUGCAGCCAUCUCCCGAGGCUGUAGCUGCUAGGCUUACCUCCCCUGUUGUCACAACGUACCUUGAUACAGAAAAAAUUGCCUUUGAGAGAAACAAGUCUGGCAUUUGGGGCUGGCGAAGUGACAGAUCAGAAACUGUUAGUGGAAGAGAUGCUAAGGUGUUCAGUGCGUCUAACGUUGAGCUGGUGACGAAGACACGUAUGGAGCACCUACCCGAGGCAGACAAGGAGAAGUGCAAGAAGAACAACAAGUCGCCCAUAGAGUCCUUCCUCGGGGUCGCAGAGGAGCACAGCAAGACACAGUUGGCCUUUAACGGGGACGUUACAUCAUCAUCCAAUAAUCCAUGUUCCAUUACACCAGAGGAAUACUUUGACAGUUCAGUUGACCUUGGUGAACGUGAUAUAGGUCGACCCCGUGAUCUGACCUCUAAAACCCAGAAGUUUAAAGCUACAUUGUGGUUGUGUGAAUCCUAUCCUUUGUCUUUACAAGAGCAAGUUGUGCCUAUUAUAGACUUAAUGGCUGCUAGUAAUGCACAUUUUAAGAAAUUGAGAGAUUUCAUUACCCUUCAGCUGCCGGCAGGAUUUCCAAUCAAAAUAGAAAUUCCAUUAUUCCAUGUAUUAACUGCAAAGAUAACAUUUGGAAACAUAUUUGCGAGUGAUUCGCCAGUGCAGGGUGUGUCGACGAUAGAGGAUGCAGGAUACAUGUGCUGUAGUAUCGAGGAUAACUGCUUCGAAACACCACCUGGAUACUCAAGACAAGGUGACGUCCACCACCAGCGUUUCCAGGAUGAAGAUGAUGCGCUUCUCCAGUUUGCCAUACAGCAGAGUCUCUUGGAGUCAGGCUCAGAAUCCGAUCAGGUGACAUUUUACGAGGCAUUGGGACGAUCCAAUCCCCGCAUCUCAAGAGUACAGGAAGAGGAGAGGCUGCUUCAACAGGCAAUAGCUGAGAGUAUAGCUUUGCAGUCUGGCAUGCCGCCUGAGCCGAUCCCUGAAUACUCCCCAGAUGAAGAGCGCAAUGAUGUUUCCCCACCCUCAGGCCUGGAUAACCAGAUGCGGGUUGCUCUGCAGGUGUCAGAACGGGAAACUCGGGAAGCGCAGCGUCUACGGCUACAGGAAGAGGAGGAACUGAAACGAAUACUGGAACUAUCACUUAUUGAAAAGUAGAACUGCGGUGGAGAUAUCAAGAUAUCACAAUGUAUCUAUAUCAUUUGUUCUCAAAGUCUGGCUAUCCUUGUGUCUGUUUAUUCUAGCUUUAUCCCGAUAUUAAAAAAAUGCAUGUACAUCAAUUACAUUUUAUUUUCUCUUGAAGUGGAGAGAAAAAAUACAUGUUAAAGUUGUCUAGUCAGAAUAAGUGCUAUAUCUUAAGAUUUUUUAUCAUGAUACAUGUAAAUGCUCCUUGGCUUGUUCUAGCAUCUGUGAGUAUUACUAUACAUAAUUAACCGCAGAAUUUCUGAAUAAUUAUUAAAAAGGAAGAAGUGUUUGCUAUUGUGAUCCCUUGUAGAAAUAGCACAAAAACAUUCUUGAAAUUGUGGUCAAUAAUAAUCCCACGUUUGUAGUGAAGUAUGCCUACAUAUCCUCGGACAUUUUGUGAUUGCUAUUUCUUGAUUUGCCGCCUAGUGUAUACAUGUAUGACUAAAAAUAUCCCUUCAGCUGUUGUUAGAAUGUAUUAGAUAAAAUGGCACUGAUAAAUGCAUUCCAUUCUGUAUAAACAAUACACUGUGUACAUGUGUAGUCUAGAACAUUAUUUAGUUUAUAAUGACAGGUUAACUUGUUGCAUAAACUGUAGCUAGCCAUUAUGUGGCUUUCUUGUAUGUAAGUACACUACAUAUUCCAUGAGGAAGCACUUCGAAAGAAAUGUGCUUAUUGCAUUUACCUUCUGUUGAAGUACAGAGCUUCAAUUUGACCAUAGACUAUGAAAACCAUGAUAAUGAAAUGAAACUUUAUAAUAGUGCAUUUGAAACUAACUACAACUUUCCGUUUACCAAGGUACUUCACUCUUACCUUAAAUAUUCAGAGUUAUGCCUCUUGGUGAACAGUUACAUGUAUGUCAGGAAUGUGUGUUGGGGAUAUAUGUCGGACUAUCACUCACAUAUUGCAAUAACAGUUUGUUCAAACCAAACAAACAAACAUGUAGUAUUUGCUUUGUAGUGUUGUGAAUGUAUAUUUUUUUAUUUCGGAAAGCUGUGUUUCUUACUAUUCCAAUGCUGUUCUUGUUGUUAUGAAAAUAUGGAUGUAGUGUUUGCCUUGCUUUUUAUUAUAUAGAACUUCUUUACAAAACAUUUUGAAAUGAGCUUUUCUACAGAUGAAUUCACCGUUACCAUAUUUUUAUGUUGUCAUAUUUAUUCCAUUACUAUAAUUUUAAUUGUUGUUUCUGUUACGGUAAAGUGCAAAAAUAAAUUCAAUUUAUGUUG